AAUGCCGUUCGUCGUGAUCACUGGAUUGCCUUGCAGCGGCAAAACCACACGAACAGAACAACUCAAAAAGUAUCUGACUGAUCAGACGGAGCGGACAGUUCAUUUGAUCAACGAUGAAAGUGUAGGAUGCAACAAAAACGACGUUUAUGCAGAAUCUCGGAAGGAAAAAGAUGUUAGAAGUGGUCUAAAAGCGGCAGUACAAAGGAAAAUAUCAAAAGAAGAUGUUGUCAUUCUUGAUUCGCUAAAUUACAUCAAAGGCUAUAGAUAUGAGUUAUUCUGUGUAACAAAGUCAGCCCAAACUCCCAGCUGUGUUAUCUUCUGUGAUAUCAACGUUGACACGGCAAAUGAAUGGAAUAACUCUCGCCCAGAUGCAGAUAAAUAUGCAGAAAGUGUGUUCAAGGAGUUGGUAAUGCGUUACGAGCCCCCAGACUCAAGAAACCGAUGGGAUUCUCCAUUGUUUACAGUUCAACAAGAUGAUGAGUUGCCAUGCCAACAGAUUUGUGAUGCAUUGUUUCGGCGGAAAGCUCCACCUCCUAAUCAGUCAACACAAUCUCAACCAUUGUCUUCAACAAAUUUUCUGUACGAGCUGGACAAGUUAACUCAGGAGACAGUUACUGCCAUUCUGUCGGCUCAAAAGACCAGCAUGCCAGGAGACAAGAUCCUCAUCCCUGGUACAAGUGAGAAAAUUGACCUGGUACGACAUUUGACCUUGGGGGAACUCCAGCGAAUCAGAAGACAGUUUAUAUCCUACACAAAAAUGCAUCCUGUGGAUGUCGGUAAAAUUAGCGGUGUAUUUGUACAUUAUAUUAACCAGACAAUAAAAUAACUUUAUAUUCAAUAUA